CUUCUAGGGCCAGCUUCUCAGUGAGCUCAGACAUCCCAAGACAAUUAACCAAUAUAAUGUACAUAAUAAACCUUCACUCUCCUUUCAGAUGAUCUCAAAAAUCCCUGUCCCCAUUCACUUAGAGAAUACAUCCCGUACCAUUAACACAGAGUCAUUCUCCAGAACUCACGCCUUGAGGGCUGGGUUCUUCAAUAGGAAUUCUAUUAUGCCACAGGGAGCCUGCCAGGAAUGAAAAGGAGAAGGCGAAAGAGUGGGUAGCUGCAGGAGGCUGGGCCAUCCCAAGAGCCUGGACCCUGAAGGCUCCAGUGUGAGGAUUCUUUUUGGCUUCUUUUCCCGCCUGGUUGAUGCUUCUGCUUGGAGCAGCCAGGCAAGCACUGGGGCUGAGGAAGGGAGCAUGUGGAGGUGGAACCAGACCUUCCUGGAAGACUUCAUCCUUCAAGGGCUCUUUGAUGACUCCUUCAACCACCUCUGCCUUUUCCUCCUGAUCAUGCUGGUCUUCCUUACCGCAGUGAGUGGCAACAGCCUCACCAUCCUCCUCAUCUGUGCCGACACCCAUCUUCACACACCAAUGUAUUUCCUGCUCAGCCAGCUGUCCCUCAUGGAUCUGAUGCAUGUCUCCACAACCAUCCCCAAGAUGGCUAGCAACUACCUGUCUGGCAAGAAGUCCAUCUCUUUUGUGGGCUGUGCCACCCAGCACUUCAUGUACCUGUCUCUGGGUGGUGCAGAGUGUCUCCUCCUGGCCCUCAUGUCCUAUGACCGCUAUGUUGCCAUCUGUCACCCCUUAAGAUAUACUGUGCUCAUGAGCAGGAGAGUGGGAGUGAUGAUGGCUGUCAUGUCAUGGCUGAGUGCUUCUGUGAACUCCCUGAUCCACACGUCCAUCUUGAUGAGCUUCCCUUUCUGUGGCUCAAGAAUCAUCCAUCACUUCUACUGUGAAUUUCCAGCUAUUUUGAAGUUGGUGUGUGGGGACAUUACUGUGUAUGAGAACACAGUCUACAUCAGUAGCAUUAUACUUCUUCUCAUCCCCAUCAUCCUUGUCUCUACAUCCUAUGGAUUUAUUCUCCACAGUGUCAUUCAGAUGCGUUCAGCUGGGAGUAAGAGAAAUGCCUUUGCCACAUGCAGCUCUCAUCUCAUUGUAGUUUCCCUUUGGUAUGGUGCCUGCAUGUUCUCCUAUAUGAGGCCCCGGUCCCAGCGCACUCCACUGCAAGACAAAGUUGGUUCUGUUUUCUAUAGCAUCAUUACCCCCACCCUGAAUCCCCUGAUUUAUACUCUCAGGAAUAAGGAUGUUGCAAAGGCUCUGAAAAAAGUGUUGGGGAGAAAUCUUCUUGCCUAGUGACUAUAGUUGUAGUUUUUCAGAAUAUACAC